GUCAGUCACACACUGCUUCCGCGCGUUCACAAACCCUGUCCAGUGUCAUUGCCAGGGCACAACUCGCCACGCAGUCUAAUUCUCAUUCCACCGUUCUCUCCAGCGAUAGCUACGCUUUCAAAAAUACCAGAAGUUCUCGCAUAAAACACUUUGAAUUCUGGAGACAUGUGGUUGUCUGAUGCGCAAAAAAUUGGCGUGGCCCUUACGACCUUCGGGAUACUAUUCAUGUUCCUUGGUGUCAUGUUGUUCUUCGACGCUGCUUUGCUAGCGCUAGGAAAUAUGCUCUUCUUAUCCGGUCUUACCUUGAUUAUUGGCCCUCAGAAGACAUUCUACUUCUUUGCGCGAAAGCAAAAGCUUCGAGGAACAGCAUGCUUCAUUGGCGGUAUUCUGCUCGUGUUCAUGAAGUAUGCAUUCAUUGGAAUGAUUGUUGAGAUAUUUGGCUUCUUAAACCUGUUUGGUGACUUCUUCCCCGUGGUCGUGACAUUCCUGCGUCAAUUGCCAUUCAUUGGCAACCUAUUGUCAUUGCCAUACAUUCGACCUAUCGUGGAUCGUAUAGCGGGUUCAAGGACGUCGGCUGUGUGACACAGCGAACAAGCUCACCCAACAUUAUAUACCCAUUCAGAAUUACAGCGGCAUUUACAAAUGGUUAUCUCAAUACAUGUCCAUGAGAUAAUUCCUGAGCGGCAUUGAAUGUCUUAUACUGAUUAAGCGGGUCACGGUUAUACUCUUCCUCCAUCAUGGUCGAAUUUCUCAUGUGACCGCAAUCAAUUCGUCACUGGAUGUUCUCUUUUCACUGUUCGAGCGUGCUUCAGCGUCAUCGGGGAGCGAGUCGGUUAGACGGAAAUCAGCUACACGCAUGGCGGACAGCUUAUCACGGUUGCGGAAUGCGAAUCCGCCCUUCCUCGUCUGAUCAACAAUACCGCUGGAUAGAGGUUAGGACAAUGUGGGCUUACUUACAUGGCAUGAAUGGUUGCGGAAGUUAUCGAAGGUGUCGGUGAGAACUGAUCUUCCGUGCCAAGAUUACUCUUACAUGAAUAGGAUAUGAAGUGUUUUGCC